CAGUGGAUGUAAACAGAAGGACGUUCCGCCUCUGGAGACGGCGUUAGAAAACAUGACCAAACUUGAGCUGCUGAACGUGUUUCUGAACGACAGGCUCACCGCGGCCGCUGAGGAGAUUUUCCGCGCCGUUAAAAACACGGUGUUGGAGUAUCAGAGCGAAAUCCUGCGUUCCAAAGAGGAGAACGAGCGACUCAAACGGCUCCUCAAUGUAGCCGUUCAACGGCUCCUACUGCAGCCAGGUGAGGAGCAGCUGCUGCCAGUCAUUGAAUCUCACUCUGUCCAGCCGCAGGAAGAUGGUCAGCCCUGGGAGUCUGAGUGGAGAAGCAGUGCGGAGCUGCUGCCACAAAUUAAAGAAGAACCAAAACUCCAAAACAUUCAGACAGAUAGUUCACAAGAAGCAAGCGACUCAGAGGAAGGAAACAGUAGUCAUGUUGAGCCACUACAGAGGUCACAUCCUCCAGCAGCGCAAACUACAUUUAGCAGACAGAGCGUCUCCCCUCCUCCACUAACAUCCCAGGAGAUUAAGGCAGAGAGUGACAGCAGGAAACAGCAACCAGCCAACAGCUUACCAUCCUCAAUGACUGUUCAUUCAAACUGCAGAGCGCCACAGAGCGAUUCUCGUGCCGGCAGUGCAAAGAGUCACAGGACUCAGAAAGCAGACCAGCAGGUGAAAGGGUUGCUUCGCUCAAAUGGAAAACAGAGCUCACACAUACUGCAGAUCAAGAAUGUGAGAUCCCUGAGGCCGCCCCCGCCUCGCUCCUCUCACCCAAGCCAGAGCAUUCAGAGGUGGCACAGCUGCAAAGAAUGCGGGAAGGGCUUCAGCUUCGCUUGCCAGCUGGAGGUCCACAUGCGCUGGCACACCAAGGAGAAGCCGUACAGCUGUGCAGUGUGCCGAAAGAGCUUCACCACGGUCAGUAUGCUGAAGAGGCACCACCGAAUCCACACGGGGGAAAAGCCCUUCCGUUGCCAUGUGUGUGGGAAAUGCUUCAACCAGUCAGCACACCUCAACACCCACUUCAGGCUGCACACCAGAGAGAGGGCCAGCUGGAGCCGAGCGCAGCACUCCAAGUGAACAAAGACUCACAACAGAAAACUAACCAGACAUCUGUAAACGUGAACAUGCUUUAACUGGCCAAAUUUCAGGUUCAAACAGUGUACAAUUAUAGUGUUUGACUGUGUGUCUUGUCUGUUGUGCAAUAAAGUGUGGUCCAUUAUGA